GAGAAUUUUUAGGGUGUUUAAGAAAAAGUUUGUCGCCUUAGAAAUUUAGCCAAUCGAAACAUUCGGCAAGUUUGUCGUACGACGCGUGAACAUUAGCCUUAAUCAAUGUUGGUAGAAUGAGCAUAAGAAGAAAGAAGUGCACAGUAACGCCACUUUCACAAUCGGUUUUGAAAAUUUUGAAUGUUGAAUCUGCCAAUGCAAACACACGCAUUCGAGUGAAAGUAAGGUUAAUAAGUCAUCGCGAGUGUUACUUUAAAUACAUAAUACAUAACAAAAAGCUAAUAUAAGAAAUGAAAUAAAAUAAAAUAUCGUGUGCCUCAACAUCAGAGAUAUCUACUAAGUAUUUAUUCUACGUUAACAGCUGACUUUCCAACAUGCAUUAUCAAAUGUACGAUGUUGAAGAGGAAUUUGAACCAAGAAUUAUACCGAAACCUACUACAAAACUCGAUCAUUUUACCAUGCCAAGUGUGCCAGAAGUAUCAUUAAUCUUUGAGAAACCUAUACGAGCCAGAAAUCUGAAUGAUGGAGAUAUUGGCUCAUCAUCGGUAAAAAGCACAGAACCAGUACAAUCUUCUGACAAAUCUAAAGAACACAUUAAUAUCGCAUCGAAUUCAGACAGUCAUAAUUCAUAUACAGUUCAUGGUACAUCAUCAAGUUCAGACAUUCCUGAUUCAUAUACAUCAUGGAAGCAGCAGAUUUAUUCUCGGGAGAAUAAUCAUGUAAAUACAACACGUGUUCCACCUUUGCGUAAAAAUGUUUAUAGUUAUAAUCACGCAUCUCAGUCUGCUGUACAAGAUGCUAUUGCGCAAAAGCCACAGGAACAAGAUAAAAUCUGUGAUACCCAGAACAGGCUAAUAAAUAUGAGGCCUAAUGAUGGAAUACAGGAGAAAAGUGUGAAAUUUAAAUGUUCCGAUAUGGAGAAUCCCCAUAGUCACAAACCUACCGAGACCCUAUUGUUAUCUUCCGACAAGAGACAGUUAUUGUCUUGCAAUCCUCUGCAGAAGGCAACAUGUGUAACUGACCCUGCUGCAAGAAUGCCUAGCAAUGUUUUUGUGGAUGCUCUAAAACAAAAUGAACAUCUGCAGAUACCAUACACGUCAUGCCCAUAUCCUCUUCAACAAUUUUACCCACCCAGCUAUUCAAGUCGCGAUGUAGACAAUAACGAAACAGUGAAGACUUUGUUGCAGCUUGUGAACAGUCAAAGCGAACAGAUCAAAACUUUGCAGUCGCAAGUGGACAGGCUAGUGAGGCUGCAAGAAGAAAGUUUCAGGAGCAAGUCGACAUGCGCCUGUUCGUCAUCUCACGCAAAUCAAGUGUUUGGAUACUCCGCCAUAAAUUGUUACGACACCCGCGCGCAGUCGCACAAUCAGGUUGCGGAGCAAACUGCAGGGCAAAAUCUACCAGUUACAGAAAACAAGAGCCAAGAAAGCUACGGUGGCGAUAGAGACAACAGUAAAUUGGAAAUGGCAUCAUCGGAUCAGCAGCCAAAGAAGGCUUUUAUGGAACAAAAAGUUUCCAUUGGCGUUAUGACGAGUUUUGAAUUUACUGUACAAAAUAGCCCAUUUCUGGUGGAUUCCGAAGUGUACGAAGAAAAGCGGACUGUCGGAUCUGCAGGAGAGACUGACGAUAUUAACAGGAGAAACGUCGUGAAUGUGCACGAUACACCGGAACCUGUUAAAAGAUACAAGAAUACAUUUACGCGCAAACUCGGCACAGCGCAAUUGGAGAACAUAGUCGAAGACACGGAGAGUUAUUUGUCUUCUAGCCACCAGCAGAGCAGCAAUUUCAACGCGAGCUCGUCCGCGAGGGAUUCAGGGAGGCAUACACCGAAGCAAUCAGAUCCGUAUAACACGACCAAUAUUUCGGAGUCUCCAAAGAUGCAUCGGCGUCACGCUGCCGAUCUGAAUCGAGAGAAAGUACACGAAAAAGAGACUUAUAUAAGGGAAAGCGAUGACGGAGAUACGGACGAGCAAAUACAAGAUAUACGAACGAUGCCGAGCGCGCCUAGAUAUAUAGAACGUGGUUCUAAGAAUGCAAGCUACGAUAAAGCGUUUGUCGUCAACGACGUCGUCAACAAUUACACCGCGACGGAUAGAGAAAACAGCAACGAGAGGCCGAGUGCCGACAGAAAGAAUCCACGUACACACACACACACAACGCCUACAACGAAUUACUAUCAAAGUCACAGAAACAAAGAGUCAAAUGCUAAUGUGAGAGAAGCAAAAAAUGUAAAUGAAAGCAUAGCAUUGAGCGGAGGUGACCUCAGGAUAUUCGAGAGACCUCCACCGACUCCGGAACCGAGUAUCCAUGUGGAGAUGCAGGAGUAUACGAGCGAUGACGAGAGCGACAAGGUCAAGCGUACUUCGAAAAUAGGCUGGACCUUCUACAACAAUGUGCUGGGGCAGGUCAAUGAGCUCUUGCAAAACUCCAGCGUUACAGAUGAUAAGGAGCAUCAUGAGACUAAAAUAUCUCGUGGAGUUGAGCAGGAUGAUGAUACAGAAGCGACCAGAGUAGCAUUGCACACUGUUAAAGCAGCUACUUUGGAGCAACUUCGAAAGCUUGGAAUUGAUAUAACCGACAAAGAACAUAAAGAACUGAAUGAUAACAGUAAGACGGUGGACUUUGAUUCGUCUUAUUACCCUCGUCUAGACCAUCAGGCGAACAUGAUGCACGCCACUAGUAUUGUAAAUGACACAAACACGAGUAUGCAUAUGAAAGCAUUGGCAUUGAAGUAUUUAAGUGAUGAGGAACUCACCGAUAUAGCAUUACACAAACAGGGAUCGUCUUCCUUAAAACAUCUUAUGCUCAGCAAUAUGCAAGGGACCAACCUGUCGUUCGCUACAAUGCGCUACUUAGAAAGAUACCAAUUGUUACCGGGACGAAAUCAGGACGUUCAAACGGCAGAUAUUGGUCAGGUGUAUGCUGAAGUAGCAUCUAAACGUACUGAUUUUAAACCAACGACUGCAAAAAAUAGUCCUGCUCUACGUCAGUUCCCUUUUGUGCGAACACCAGGAACCACAUGUCCUAGCAGGAUAUUGGAUAUUUCAACGUUAAAACGACAACCGAAAUUAUUGUAAAUUUUAGGUCAAAUUUGAUAUUUUUUUAUAUGAAUGUGUGUAAUAUAUUUUAUGGAAAAAGAAAAAAGAAGAAAAUCUCAGAAUUUGAUCGGUAUGCAGCAAACGUUGCUAUUUGUAUAAUAAGUCGACUCUGCAAACGCGAAAUAUUAA